GCUUCUUGUAAGUCGCUUUGGAUAAAAAGCGUCAGCUAAAUGACACGUGACGUAACGUAGCGGCGCCCCGGUCACGUGACAUGCGUCAGGUCAGAGGUCAGAAAUGGCUGGAAACGAAAAAAGAAACAUCAAGGAAGACUGAAGCGACUGUGGAGAGAGAGAGAAGGCCAGCGGCUGGUUGCCAUGACUACAGCUUUAAGCGUUACCAAACAACUGGAUCCAGCUGCUAGCUUAAGUAGCAGCGGCGCUAACCGCUUUAACUGCUUUAAAUGAAGGAGGUGAGACAGAGAGACGGACGGGGAGACAGUGAGACAGGCCGCGUAGUCUCAUUCUGCAUGACCACAUGUUACCAACGGUUAUUCCAUGUUAGCUUAGCAUGCUACGUUCUGCUUCGGUCAUUCCCCGUAGUGAGGUCCUCCAAACACAUGAUGUUUCCUCUUGGAUCACGAAGCCUUCAUGUCUUUCACGGAGGGACGCCUGAAGGACGUCCCCGAGCGGAGACACAAGCUGUCGACUCGGCCUCCUGCGUGAACAAGUGGAUCUCCAGCAUGAGGGAGAUGGAGUUCUACCUGCAGCUGCAGUUGUCCCAUCGCCCCGAGAGGAAGACCGCCGACGUCCAGCUGCACGUCGACACUUUGCAACGAGAGCACAAGAGAUUCGUGGCCAAACUACGAGCUGUGGACCCCCGGCUGCAGACGCGAGGCGCGGACCCCUCGAGCGUCCUGCAGGAGGAGGGACGGGGGGCGGGGAGCUUGGAGCUCUCAUCCCCUUAUUGGAUGUAGUCGUGAUGCUCAGUGGUAGAAACCGUAUGUUCCUACAGUCCAGGAGCCAAACACAACAAGCCCUGUUGAUGAAACUCUUUCUGCCUUUGCAGCACAGAGAAGAAAUCACUUCCUGCCAGACGACUGUGGUCCUCAAGUCUUCUCCACCCGCUGGUUUAUUCCUGUUUGUGCAUUAAAUACACAGCGUGUCUUUU